AUGAGAUCAAGCUUAGCUCUUCGUUUAAGAAAUUCCAUUGAUAAUACUCAAAUAUAUCGUGAUAGCAAAUACUCUGUGCAUGUAAAUACCUAACAUCCUGUCCUAAGUCCUAGAAAGUCAGUUGAUAAGACUACCAUUCAUUAGAUAUAUAAAGUAACUUAACCACAUCAAAACAAAAAUAAAACAAUAAAAUUCAACAGGGACGUGAGUGGAUAUAACAUAAACUACAACAGUUCAGUUGAUGUAAGUAUGGAAGAAUUGAAGAAAAUAAAAACAUUAGAAAAAAGUUUAUAUUACAUUUAAGAGAAUCGAUAAAUGGCGGAUAAUAAAAUCUAUAUAGGAAAAGCUCUUAAAGAGGUUCUGUAAAUAUUAUAACUAUUCUUCUUAGAACCCUAUAUAGAAUAGCUAUAAUUUAGAAAAAUAACCGAAAAGAUAUUCUCUUCCAGUUUUGACCAAGAAACAAUCACCAUAGCAUAAUAACUCUGAUAAAAUCAAAGUACCUAUGUUGCCAGUGAUCUCUGAAAAUGCAAAUGCAAAAUAAAAUAACUUUAGCAUCGAAAAAUGUUUAGAAGACCUUAACAAAAUAAAAAGUGGUGGGUAGAAAGAGCAUCCAUAAUCAACUGAAAGAAUUUUAGACUUAUUAUUACUAAACACUUGUGAUCUAAAAAAGGUUUUUAGAAAUUAGAACCAAAAGAACAAAAGAAAGAUAAUUGUGUAAAGUAAAGUGCCGUAGGACUUUUUCAAUAUCUUAAAAAACUUCUGA